AUGGAAGCGACUUCUCUAAGCUCCUCCUCCUCCUCUUUCCUGCAUUCCCGGAAAAUGUUACUCCGGGAAGAUAAAAGGCAUAGAGGUCGCCUGGUUUUUGCAGCUGGGAGAGACUCUCAGCAAUGGAAUUACAGUGGACAACUGGUGAAUGAAAGCCUGACCGUGUUACGAAAACGGAUUCAUGAUUUGAAGAUCAUAGAGAGAAACUAUGAGCCUCCGGCAGAUUGGAUGGAGUGGGAGAAGCAGUAUUAUACAUCUUAUAACGAGUUCAUUUGUAAAAUUGUGGGGUUAUUGCAAUCACAUUUGAUGAACACAAAGCCUAGCUUGGCUCUUGGGGCGUUGGCAUUGGUUACAAUGAGUUUGCAAGUAUCCCUGAUCAUGGUUUUAGUGUACUUGAUGCAGGCAGCCAAUGGAGUCUUGUCUACCAUCCAUUUCUAUUGA